AUGCUCGGAGCAACGUUCACAGACGUAGCGAUCUGGAUUUUUUACCCUUUCAAUGGCCCAGCAAAAGCCAAAGUCAAAUUCGUGAACUUACCAUUGGGGAAAAUCGGCGAACACAUUGGGGAUUGGGAACACGCGACGCUACGGAUCAGCAAUUUCAACGGAGAGCUAUGGAAAAUGUUUCUGUCGCAGCAUAGCGGAGGAGUUUGGAUCGACGCUUGCGAUUUGGAGUUCGGAGGAGGAGGAGGAGGAAGCAACAAGCCUGUGGCGUACGCGUCGCUUCACGGGCACGCGAUGUAUGCGAAACCUGGGCUGGUGUUACAAGGAGACGACGGGGUUGGGAUAAGGAACGAUACGGCGAAGAGUAAGAAGGUGGUUGAUACGGGAUCGGGGUACGAGGUGAUUGCGGCGGAGUAUGGAGACGGAGACGACGGAGGAGGAGUGGCGGAGCCGCCGUGGGUGAAUUAUCUCAGGAAAUGGGGACCGAAAAUUGAUUAUAGCGUUGAUGACGAUGUGAAGAGGAUUGCGAGGCUUUUGCCUGGGCCUUUGAAAAAGGCUUUUGUUAACUUUUCGAGGAAGAUUCCUGAUGAAGUGUAUGGUGAAGAUGGGCCUACUGGGCCUAAACUCAAGGGAAAUUGGUCUGGUGAUGAAAACUGA